CUUGCGGCCAUAUGAAGAGUGCUCCUGUCCCGAAACUUCUUCUAUUACGUAGCGUUUAGGGCAACUAGAACUACUGUGCAUGAACAGCUUCUCAGUAAACAUGGGAAGUGCUUGUAUUGAACGGAAAGAUCAUGAUCAUGAAGCUAAACUGUCUGAUUCUACUAAAUGAAGACUCAGCAAGUCAGCGACAUGUUCGGGGUUCACAGGAACUGGAAGACGCGGUUGUUGUAUCAUCAUCUUCAAUAUGGAUUGCAAAAAUGUCUGGGUCUGGAAGAUUCUAAACCUGUGACGCUGUCUCUGGAUUCUAAAAAAAUUUGUAUUGCAUGACCAGCAAGGGGACUCCAGUUUGUGCUACGCGGAAAGGGCAUUUCUCAUGCGGUAGAGGCAUCGCAAAGUCCUCUAAAAAUAUGUGAUGCUAGGGCAUGCAUCACAGACAUCAUGGAUCAUUCAAAAUAUGCAUUACAAUCCUGGCAGUCUUCCAGACCCAGACAUUUUUGCAUUUGAUAUUCAAUUGGGCUGUCGAAAGCCGACCAUAGAUUGCAACCACCCUUCGUGGAGGUCUCGGGGAGCAAGGACUACUUCAAUAGCACGACGUCAAGCUGUUUACUUGCUAGAUACAACUACGACCACGCCUGGCGGAAUAGCGAGCUUCGGUAAGGAGCGCGUCCGGAUAGUACAUUUCCUGAAUGCACGACGUCGGACAAACAGCAUUCACACGGCGAAGACCAGCAGUGCGCAAGCAUCGGUGCCCAGCUCUGGAAGAACAAGUGCGUCGAGUUGUCAGCUGCUACCUCGAAAAAUAAGACAGAGGACCACAGGACGGAAGGCAAGGAGCCUUGACGUAGUCAAUAUACAACCAACGCACGGAUCGAGAAGGUUGCAUGGUGUAGUUCAAGUUCUCCAAGAUGUCGGGGUAUUGCGCCGACAUCAAAAAAGACCGAGUUCUCUGUCGAAAUACAGUACUGACAAGGGUGGACACAGCGAACAAGACAACAAGAACGCAAGAACGAGCACAGCGUUACUUGCAGCUACGAGGGCGAUUGGGACGACCCCUCCACGGAGCCGUGUUUCCUUUGAAACUGAGGCAGCAGCAGCUGAUGUCGCACGCAAAGAACGUUGCGGCGACGUCGAACCUUGCCAAGGGCUCCGCAGGUUGAGCCUCUUGCUCCGAUCGCGGCCAACAAGCGCCAGCAGCUCGGAGGGCUCAUCCAGCUCGACCCGCCCGUCGAGAACAUCAAGCCAGCGCCGCGAUGUGACGCGGAAUUACAGCUCCGAACGUAGUUCCUCGUCCUCCUCAACCUCGAUCCACCACAAGAAGCCGGGCGGAAGUGAGGAGGAGCCUGGGAAAAUGAAGAAAACAAACAGCAACGGGUCGGACGCAAUGGAGCGCAUCACCUUUCUCGGAGCCGGCUGCAAUUUGGGUUUGGCCUGCCUGAAGGGCGUAUCAAAUGUAAAAGUGUCUGGGUCUGGAGGAAGAUUGCGGGAGUUUGUCAUGCAUCUUCUGGAUCGCGCAACUGGUCUCUGAUGCACGCAAAAGCAUUACAGAUUUUGCGCAGGCCUCCUGAUGUCUAUCCCGCAUGACAAGUUUCGUAUUUGCGUAGCAAGAAAUGGGAAGCUUUUGGUCUUUAUGCAAUGCAAAUUUUUGCGUAUUCCAGAAUUCGCAUGACAAGUUCCAAUUCUUCCAGACCCAGACAUUUUUACAUUUGAUACGCCCUUCUGGGGGCGAUGACACACUCUUCGUCCCUAAUGGCCGAUACUACAGUGAAAAAUGCCCCCACCCCCAAUGUUGCAAUAAUUUGUGAUGCGAAGUUUCCAAAUGAAAGGCUUUUGUCAUGCAUGAAGGAAAUAUGAAUCUUUGUGAUGCAGAGUCUCGGCGUAUAUAGCAUUGCUUGCAUGACAAGCGCCGCUCUUGCUGGGAUCUUUUGCAAUACAAAUUUUUGCUAUUCACGAUCGGAAAUCUGUGAUGCUGAUAGAUGCAAGAGGGCGAGUGCUUCAUUUGGAAAGGUUUGCAAUACAAAUGCUCCCAAGUUCGAGGGUGGGGGCAUUUUUCACAUUGAUAGCCGAUGCCGCGCAUUCCCUUUCCGACCUGGUCACGGAUGGCGCGACGCUACUGACGAUUCGCUUGGUGCAGCGCCCGGCUGAUGCGGCGCACCCGUACGGCUACAUGCGAUACGAGCACAUCGGUACUCUGGGCGUGUCCGCGGGCAUUUGCGCAGCGGGCAUUGGCAUCGGGUGGGAGGCACUCCGUGACUUGCUCGCGCAUCAGCAACAAAUGUCCUCGCUUGGAACAACUACAAAGACCGUAUUGAUGGGCAGUAGUACAACUGGUACAACGACGGAAAUCAAUGCAGUGGCCGAGACGGCAGCCGAGCAUCUGCAAACGGACCUACCGUGUUCGCUCGCCCCGGAGAACGCACCGCUUGCCAUGGUCGCGAUUUUGUUGUCCUUUCUCGCGAAAGAGAUGCUGUAUCGGCGAACCCUUCGCAUCGGCGAGCAAUUUUCGUCGCCCGUGUUGAUUGCGAACGCUUGGCACCAUCGCAGCGACGCCUUGAGCUCGGUGGUGGCCGGGUUCGGCAUCGCCGGGGCCUGGUUCGACUACCCGUUGUGCGACCCGUUGGGCGGGGUGCUGGUCGCUGGUAUGGUUUUGCGCCAGGGCGCAGAGUUGCUCGAGGAGGCCGUGUACGCCCUUGCCGACCGAAACGCCCUGUCGGACGAGCUGCGCGCAAAACUGACAGCGCUGGCGAAGGUAUUGUGAGGAAAAAUGUCGCCACCCCAUAGUCAAGAUGGGAAAUCUGCAACACAAACCCGGAAAUUUUGGGAGUCACGCAUGACAAGUUACCCUCUGUAUUGUAGUGCAGUUUUGCAAGGACAGCCGCAUCACAAAGCCAGCUCCACAUCCUAUUUGCAGCAUCACAAAAUCCAAAACACGAUUGGAAAUGGCCUUCGUGGGGAUUCGCAUUACAAGUCUUCCUGUCUUUGCAAAUCUGCAUUACAAGAACUCUGGGGCGGCAAAGUGUGCUGCAAUUCCUUUUAGCAUUACAAAUCUGGGGUGGGGACGUUUUCACUCAGGAUAGAAGGCCGCCUCGAAAGACGUCCUCGGUGUCGGCGACGACCUGAAGGUCCGCAAAGCGGGCAGCAAGUUGUAUCCUGAGUAAAAACGUACCCACACCAGAGUCAGGAUGGGGAUUUUCCAAUACAAACCUAGGAGCUUUGUGAGUCACGCAUCACAAGUUGCAGUCCGUAGUGUAAUGCAGGUUCGCAAGGCCAGCUGCAUCAGAAAUCCAUCUGCUCAUCCUGUUUACAGCAUUACAAAUUCCAAAACACGAUUGAAAAUGGUUCUCAUGCGGAUGCGCAUUACAAGUCUUCCUGUCUUUGCAAAUCUGCAUUACAACUCUGGUGUGGGUACGUUUUUCCUCAGGAUAAGUUGUUUGUGGACGUCACCCUUACGGUGAGCGAUCGUCUCACGUUGAGCGGCUUCCAGCAGGUAGCGCACCUGGUGCGCACACGUGUGCAGCAGGAAAUUCCCGAGGUGGUCGACGUGGAUUGUGACUACCAGCUCUUUCAACACCACGCCGGGGGGGACGGCAGGACGAGGAGCAAGAUGGGAGAGGGGUCCGCGAGUCCGCGCACGACCUCCAUGGAGCUCCUUGAUCACCAAGGAUACAAGAGCCAGGCGUUCGACAAUUGCGAGGAGGUGGGACGAGGACCAGCAUCGUCCUCCUCUCCACUAGUUGAAGGAGGUAGCAACUACUUGGUUGGCGAACAAGCGAUGCCGCAGGAGCGGGGACACGACGAUCGGCCGCCCGAUGCGGGAAGUCGGAGAACUACUGUUGGUGCAGCGGUACCAUCUUCGUUAUCAGCUGCUGGUACAGAAACACCGACAGCAACUGCAACUUCGCCUCCUCCUGCAGCUUCUGUGGCCGAGCUCGAGGAUCGAUUGCGAUCAUUACUUGGGCACGCGCACCCAGGAAUAGAGAUCGGACAGAUAUCGGUGCAUUUUGUGCCGCCCAUCGGAUCGAAUCGUGUGGCCUAUCAAAAGCAAGAAGUACAUGUGGUCUGGGCUGGAACGAUGCAAGCUGGUGAUGAGCAUUUUUUUAGAUAGGUGCCACAAGAAAAUGCGAAAGCCUUGUUCAUGCAUAAGAACACAGCAAUCAAAAGACGCCUCGAUGCAGCCCCUUUUCUGUCACCAAAAGGAGGAAUCUGUCAUAUCCGGGAUAGGCAUAGAGAAACCUUCUCCAAACCUGUGACGCAGCUAGACGGCUGCAUCUCAGGAGACCUUGUUGCGGACAUGCAAAAGCUGCAUAGAGAAGAAUAGUGUUGUAGAAGUGUUCGUCGAGACCGAUACAUUUAUUUGCACUGGAUAAGGGCGUGGAAUUGACCAUCCUUCCGGAUCCGGAGGCCCACAACAGGCUGGGUGACCUGAAACUGCUGGCGGCGGAAAUGCGCGACCUGGUCACCACGGAAACUCAGCGGUGCUCCGACUGCCUUUGCUCAGAAGUUACGAAGGUUGAAGUACGCCUUGACUUGGCCGAUGGGUGUCAGCUGAUCGCCAACCACCUGCAGUCCGUCGAUCCGCUCAAAAGUCUCAAUAGUACGCGGAUGAACAUUUUGCAGAAGCGCGCUGGCCGAGCCAUCGCCGGACGCUUUUUAAAGACUGAGAUGAAACCCAAAUUGUCGAGCACAAUGGAAAAAAAAAUCGUUGGG